AUGAGUCUACGAAAUCACUUGAAGAGUCUCAUGGGAGGAAGAAGCGGUUCCCCCCUUCUCCUACACCACGACACUGAAGCUUCAACGUCGUCCGACAUACCGUACUCUCCGUCGAGCCUGACUUCCGCGGACGCGAUUGUCCACCUUGAGUAUGAUCCGGCCCAGAUUCCUGCGAAGCCCACACAAGACGGCUCCUGGACGCGAUUCAUCUGCAUCAGCGACACCCAUUCGAGGACAUUCAACGUCCCAGACGGCGACGUCUUGCUUCAUAGUGGAGAUCUUACACCUACAGGAAGCGUAGAGCACUUCAAACGCACGAUGGAGUGGUUAUACAAGCUUCCGCAUGCCCACAAAAUAAUUAUUGCGGGAAACCACGAUUUACCUCUUCACAACGACUGGUACGAGACGAAUCACGAUCGGUGGCAUACAAGGGGUAAACAGCCUCUGGAGCCCAUCUUAGACAUGCUGAAAGGCGAUAAAGCGAAGCGACAUAGAAUUGUAUAUCUCCAGGAUGAACGAUACGAGUUUCGAGUUGAUGGGAGGACUUGGAGCGUGUAUGGCUCGCCGUGGUCGCCCGAGUUCUUCAAUUGGGCCUUCAAUUACACCUCAGACGAAGCGGAGGGAAUCAUAUCCAGACUCCCGCCUACAGACAUACUAUUGACCCACGGCCCACCUUACAAAGUCUUUGACCGCGUCAAGUUGGGAGACAACGUCGGAUGCCAGGUCUUAGCCAGGCGUCUCCCCCAGCUCCGACCCCGCCUACACGUCUUCGGACACAUCCAUGAAGCCCAUGGCGCGCAGAUCGUCGACUGGGAUACCACACCCGAUCUAGCAAACUUCGUUGACGACACAGAAUGGGACGUAUCCUCCGACGUGACGAUCCAUUCCGCAGGAUCUGCUAAUGAGGAUAUCGCUAUGGAGCUUCAGCCAAAGGAGCCCUCGGGCUUCACAACUCCCUCCGAAACGACUUCGGCGACAGAUGAGAAUACAGCUUCAGGAGGGCGGUUUACGGUAUUUGCGAACGCUGCUAAUUGGCCAUCAGGAGCUCGCGCGAGUAGGGACGGCGCGCGAGUGCCCUUUGCAGGACCUGGAUUCCAGCCCAUUAUCGUUGAUUUGAGAAAUUAA